UGAAAUGAAAAUUAAAAUGGAAGAGAUUUCCUCUUUCCAAGUUUUGGAAAUAUCUUCCCUCUCGUAUUUUGUUUUGUUUCUAUUUCUGGCCAGCAGCAUAUUUCUUUUUCAGCUGUUACAGUUACAAAUUGUGUUAAAAUUAUUCCAUUUUCUUGUUCAUCAGUAAACAAGCAAAUGAUACUUCAAACAUACACUUCCAUGGAGAUUGGUCAACCUAUUUCUUCACAGUGUAAGCCUCAAAACCUUAAUUCUCAUUUCAAUUCUAGGGUUUUACUAGGGUUUAACUUACACACCACCAAACACAGUUUCACCCAAAGAAAAGUAUGUAAAUCUCAACUUUCAUCAAAAACUAACCACCCAUUACACAGAAAUAUCAAGAUUUUGCAACCCCAUAAGCAAAAACCUCAAGAAAAUAAUAAAGAUAGGGUUUUUGUAGGGUUUAAGCUUCAUUGUCAUUCAAAGACUGAACCUUUACCUUCAAGAACUGUUAUUAAUGGUAAAAAGAAAGGGUAUGGAGGUAUUUUACCUUCAAUUUUACGUGCUUUACGCACUGAAAGUGAUGUCGAAAAGACCCUUGAUUUGUAUUUUGGGAAGCUUAGUCCUAAAGAACAAACUGUGAUUCUUAAAGAGCAGAGCAAUUGGGAAAAAGCUCUUAGGGUAUUUGAGUGGAUGAAAUCGCAGAAAGAUUAUGUUCCAAAUGUAAUUCACUAUAAUGUCAUACUUAGGGCACUUGGUAGAGCUAAGAAAUGGGAUGAGUUGAGACUUUGUUGGAUUGAAAUGGCGAAAAAUAGUGUUUUCCCGACAAAUAAUACGUAUGGAAUGCUUGUUGAUGUGUACGGUAAAGCAGGGUUAGUAAAGGAGGCUCUUUUAUGGAUUAAACAUAUGAAGUUGAGAGGAAUUUUCCCGGAUGAGGUUACAAUGAAUACGGUUGUCAAAGUUUUAAAGGAUGCAGGGGAAUAUGAUAGAGCGGAUAAGUUCUACAAGGAUUGGUGUGCUGGAAAGAUUGAAUUGGAUGAUCUUGAUUUUGAGUCAAUAGAUGACUCAGAACCUUUCAGUUUGAAGCAGUUUUUGUUGACCGAGCUUUUCAGGACUGGAGGGAGGAAUCCUUCCAGAGUUUCAAGUCUUUCAGAUGUUGAGAACAAUGGUAGGAAACCUCGAAUGACCGCCACCUACAAUACUCUGAUUGAUUUGUACGGGAAGGCAGGUCGCUUGAAGGACGCUGCAAAUGUUUUUAAUGAGAUGUUGAAAUCAGGGGUUGCCUUAGACGCCUUUACCUUCAAUACUAUGAUCUUUAUUUGUGGGAGUCAUGGUUACUUGGAAGAGUCGGAAGCUUUGCUGAACAAGAUGGAUGAAAGAGGGAUAUCUCCAGACACGAAAACAUACAACAUCUUCCUGUCUCUUUAUGCUAAUGCAGGUAAGAUUGAUAGGGCUCUUCAGUGGUACAGAAAGAUAAGGGGGACGGGACUUUUCCCUGAUGCCGUGACUUGUAGGGCUAUUAUUAAAAUACUAUGCAAGCAAAAUAUGAUCCUGGAGGUUGAAAAUGUGAUUAGUGAAAUCGAAAGUUUAGGUAUGUAUAUAGACGAACACUCUCUUCCUGUUAUUAUGAGAAUGUAUGUCAACGAAGGUUUGAUCGAUCGUGCAAAGGCAAUUUUCGAGAAGUGUCAACUGAACGGUGGGUUCUCGUCACCAGCUUAUGCUGCCAUCAUCGAUGUGUAUGCUGAUAAGGGACUUUGGGUUGAAGCCGAGGACGUGUUCUUUGGUAAAAGAGAUAAGUUUAUUCAGAAGAAAGCAAUUGUAGAAUAUAAUGUCAUGAUCAAAGCAUAUGGCGUUGCAAAGCUAUACGAUAAAGCUUUCUCACUCUUCAAGGGAAUGAAAAGCCAAGGGACAUGGCCAGAUGAGUGCACUUAUAACUCUCUAAUCCAAAUGUUUUCCGGGGGUGAUUUAGUUGACCAGGCCAAAGAGCUCUUAGUCGAAAUGCAAGGAUUGAAAUUUAAACCUUCAUGUUCUACCUUCUCUGCUGUAAUUGCUAGUUAUGUGCGCAUGAGUAGGCUUUCUGAUGCCGUUGACGUUUUCGAUGAAAUGUCAAAAGCAGGUGUAAAACCAAACGAGGUUGUUUAUGGAUCUUUAAUUGAUGGGUUUGCUGAAGCUGGUAAAUUUGAAGAAGCUAUGCAUUAUUUCCAUGUCAUGAAUGACUCUGGGAUUCAAGCUAAUCAAAUAAUCUUGACUUCAAUGAUUAAGGCUUAUAGUAAGCUCGGAUCAGUAGAGGGAGCGAAAAAACUGUACGAGCGGAUGAAAAACUUGCAUGGAGGUCCUGAUAUUAUCGCGUCCAAUAGUAUGCUCAAUCUGUAUGCGGACUUCGGAAUGGUCUCUGAAGCAAAAAUGAUAUUUAAUCAUUUGAGGGAGAAAGGCGAAGCUGAUGGUGUUACUUUUGCAACCUUGAUUUAUGCAUACAAGAAUAUGGGUAUGCUCGAUGAAGCUAUUGAGAUAGCAGAGGAUAUGAAACAGUCUGGACUUUUAAGAGAUUGUAUGACGUUCAAUAAGGUAAUGGCAUGUUAUGCCACAAACGGACAGCUUGUUGAAUGCGGCGAAUUGCUGAAUGAAAUGAUUAACCAGAAACUUCUGCCAGAUGGGGGCACAUUUAAAGUUUUAUUCACAAUAUUGAAAAAGGGAGGUUUUUCGGCAGAGGCAGUUAGACAGCUUGAGUUGUCUUACCGAGAAGGUAAACCUUAUGCCAGACAAGCUGUGAUAAUCUCUGUUUAUUCUGCAGUAGGGUUGCACGCAUUCGCAAUCGAAUCCUGCCACGUCAUCACACAACCAGGAUUGGGACUCCAUCCCUUUGCUUACAACGUUGCAAUAUAUGCAUAUGGAGCUUCAGGCCAGAUUGAUGAGGCACUAAAAAUAUUUAUGAGAAUGCAAGAUGAAGGACUGGAACCAGAUAUUGUCACAUUUGUUAAUCUUGUAGGUUGCUAUGGGAAAGCUGGCAUGGUUGAAGGUAUAAAGCGGAUAUAUGGCCAGUUAAAAUAUGGAAUCAUCGAGGCGAAUGAGUCAUUAUAUGAGGCAAUCAUAGAUGCCUAUGGAGAUGCAGGCAGAUAUGACCUUGCUGAUUUGGUUAGUCAGGAAAUGAAACUUGAUUUUGAGGUGAAGCAGCUUACAGACUCUGAAUCUGAAGGUGGAGUGGAUGAAGUUUCUGAAGUUGGUGAAGGAGAAGAUUCGGAAGGUUGAUAAACCUAUCAAAGCCAGUAGCAUUCUCUCAAUGGAAUUCAACUGACUGGAGAAAUUCCUGAUUCCUUUCAAGGCCUUACAGCAUUGGUUAAUCUGUAUGACACCAAAACAAAACAUUUCAAUAUUGCCAUAGAGGUUUUCAAUUGUCCAUAACUGGUGGAUUAUAUAUGUUUUGACAGUGAUUUGUCAAGUGACAGUUUAAGCGGAGCUUUGCCAUCAUCAGUAGGAAACUUGUCCUCCCUGACCACUCUACAUUUGCAGAAUAACCAGCUUUUUGGAACUCUUGACGUUUUACAAGAUCUUCCUCGCAGAUUUGUACUCUUCCUAACAAUAUUUAACUCAAAUAUUUUCAGGUCCAUAGAAUGAUAUAGUAGCUUACUAGUAUCUUCCCAUCUUUUGUGUCCCUCCAGGAAUGUGGAAAGUAACCUGUUUAAUGGGCCCAAACCUCAGAAGUUGUUUUCUAGUCCCAAUUUCAAAAACACUGGAAAUCCUUUCAACAGUGUCGCUCCUUUGUCUCCAACCACUGCUUUUGCAAGACCCCCUCCAGCACCACUCCUUUUAAGCCUCCAGCACCACCAGGACCAACUGCAGAAAGUUCAAAAGGAAGCAAAAAGUCCGUGAAAAGGGUAGUCUGGAUCUGUUGUAGCAGUUUUGUCAUUUAUAAUAUUGGUUAUUUUGCUCUUCCUGCCAAGGUGCGUUAGGGAGAGGCAAGACAGUAAUUGGUCCAGACAGCAUGAAAUAGACCCUUAUGUGGGCUGCUCCAGGAAGAAUCGUAGAGAAAAUGGUUCAUUGGUCCAACCUGGACAUGAUGUAGAGAAAGGUACUGCAAAUUAUUAAUACCUCUCAACUAUUUUCUCAA